CCUGUACUGGCGAAAAGCGCGCCUCGCGUUCGGAAAAUCGGGUCGUGCGAAGGGUUGGCCGUCUGAACGGCCGGAGCUGAGUACGGUGGACCGCGAAGGGGGGUUAUUGUGGCGAUAUUGGUGGUUUUGGUUUUGGUGGGUGUAUUUGAAAGAAACUAUGCAUUUAAAAGUAUAAAAUUCGAAGUGAAAUAAUGAACAAUGUGAUUAACAAACUGAAACAAAGUUUAAACCUAUGAAGGAUUAGUGUGGGUGGAUUCUAUUUCGGAAACAAAACACAGUGCUAUGUUGAAUGGUGGUGAUAUUGUUCUUGAGCGACCCUAGAGGUCACUAUACCGACAGUGCGAGAAAGAUAACUUACCACACUAGGAUUUUUAUAGCACCUACUCAUAUUUUUUCGCAGGUGGAGCCAGGCCAAUCCAUUGCUCUUACUAAAGAAGAGGAAUGGAUAAGUAAGAAGAAAACAGAAGUCGUUAACACCAAACAAAUCGAAACAAGGGUAAAGAGACAGGUAGUACUCGAAGAUGGAAAAGUCGUUGAAGAUUCUGGACCGAUGGUCACCACAAAUACAACAGAAGACACGGAAACCCAAGAACACCAUCAGACAGAGUUGCGAAAACUUGGAGAUGACGAAAUCGAUGGUCCUUUGGCAGUGGAAGGGAACCAGGACAAUGCAGUCAGCAAAAGAAACUGGGUGGUCACCGCCAACCCUGAUGGUGUGGUUCGAGAAGUCAAUGAGAAGAGGGUGCUCACAAGGGAGGAGACAGAUGAAGUCAAGGAGACUGAGGACAUCCAACAUUUCGGUGAUAUUACAGACGAGGACUUUCUAGCAGCGGUCCGGUCAGGACACUCGGACAUCCGUAAGGUCCUGCGUGUGAACGAGGGAGGACAGGCUGUUGUUUCCACCGGACCCAGAGUGGUCCACGAGUCCAUCAAGAGCAAGAAGGUCAUCGAUACCGAAGAGAAAAAGGACCUCAGUUCCGUCCAAGCAGACGGCAAGAUCGUCACUGAAAGCCAAAGGACCACUGAACACGAAGAAAUAAAGGACGAGGAGCUGCCCGAGGACGCCGUUGUUGAGGAUUCUCACAAGGAAUCGACUGAAAGGCAUCUGAAGACUCGAGAUCAAGUGGACGUCGACUAUUUAGCGGAUGGGGUUACUAUUGGCCACGAGAUGAGGUUUAAAACUGAGAACGUCGAGGUUGAACGUAAAGGGGAUGGACUAGAUGAACCAGAUUUCGACUCUUUAUCCGCAAGGCUUAGAAGGAGGACCCAGAAUAGACCACCACAUCGAUACAGAGGCGUCGAGAACCCCAACCCCAACGCAAACCCCCUGGACCGCAAAGACGCCCUCACCGGCCAACCCUUAGACUUCGAGAGGGAGGAACAGACCAGAAAAGUCGAGACCUCCAAAUGGCUGGAGCACCACUUCGGCAGCGACUCCAAAUCGUCCUCCAACUCCCUGAUAGACGAGGAGGAGGAGCCUCCCAAGACGAGCUUCUUCAACGUGACCAUCAAGUCCCAACCGUCGAGGACUGCAGAACCAGAGUACCUCCACAGGAACUAUUCCUCGCCGAUGAGGACCUCGCCGAGGGUAUACAGUCCUCCUAUGGAGCCCGAGAGGGAUGGUAAUCCUAGAUACUUCAAAGGAAUAACAGAAUGGUCAGAGAGACGUCAAGAGAACCACUUCUCCUCUAGCGAACGCAGAUCCCCCUUCUACCAAGAACGCUCUUCACCACCAGAAAGACUCCCUCAACACUCCCCAACUCCCGACUACAGAGACAACGUGGAGAACUUCAGAGGCUCCAGAGACAAUCUAAGGGAAGUCCGCGAGCACCACAGACCAGAAUACCGCGACAACUACAGAGAGGAGAAAUCCUACCAAACUAGGGAACCUCCUCGAGAAUACAGAACCAAUUACCGAGAAAACGAGUACAGAGAGUACAAAGAGCCACUCAAAGAUUACAACUGGGACUACAGAAGAGAAAACGGUGUGGGUCACAAUGGGACGCACAGAGAAAACGGUCAUAGAGUCCAUAGAGAAGAGGAGUACAGGGAGACUAGAGAGAACCAUAGAGUUCACAGAGGUGAUUACAGCUCUAUGGAUCGUAGAGAUUUGAGGUCGAGAUCUCCUGAUGUGACUCCCAUUCCUCCUCAUCGGAAAAGAGGUAGCGAGAGGAGGCAAAGGAUUGAGGAAGAGAAGAGGUACCAAAACGGGUAUAGGAGAUCGCCUCCAGUUCAGUUGGAUGAGCCUUUGGAGGAGCCUCCUCCGGAUUAUUCCCCCCCAAGUCCACCGCCAAUGCCUAGAGAGGAGAAGAAGGUUGUCCAGAAGACGAGAUUUGCUGCUGAUCCUCCCAAAGCUAAAAGCGGAAAUAUCAUAGGACAAUCCAUCAGGAAGCUGGUGGGCAAGAUCAGAUCUGCGAGUGCGGAGAGGAAAGCCAGGCAACGGGCCAAAAGAUCUCCCAGUCCGUCUUACCAGCCAGGACACAUCAUCGACGGCAACAUCCACGGGUCCAUGGAGAACGGUAGACCUGUUCAGAGGUACUACCUGGGGGAGGACCCCUUCGCCGGGAGCAUCUACGGGAGGGAGAACAAGUACGACGGGGUUAGACCUGCAAGGGUGGCUAGAAGGAAGGACGAACCUAGAUCGCAGAGCACCUUGGGUAGGUUCAGUAAGUCUACGGGAAAGUUAACGUCAACACUGCCCAACGAUAGGAAGAGUUCUCAAACACUCCCAAGGCAUAUGUCGAGGCAUCAGAGUCCUCCCAAGCUAGAGAAGAACAACAAAUCCAACAGCACCAUCAACGUGUCCAUCAUCAAUACUGUUAGGCCACAAAACGAGGGGCCUGCCAAGCCUGCACGAACUUACAAAGCUAACCUGUCGAGGAGUAAAAGCUUCAAUAUCAACAGCGAAGAGUUUAAUGGUAGAGAUAUGUACAAGAGUAAUCCUCACCUACGUCUAAACGAUAGCUCCACCGGGCUCAAGAGCCCUGGAUUGAUAUCCAGUCUCAGCAGGAGUCAGAGAGACAUCAACGAGGAAUCUUACAGUAGAUUUAGAAACGGUGCUGUUGACAACCAAAGGGUCUUCCUGAAGAGUCUCAAAGAACGCUCGCCUGAACUUUACAAAACCCUGCACGAAAAUGAAGAUCCAUAUAAUAGAACACCACCCAAAUCCGGUAAGGUUUACAAUGGUGACAUAUAUGAACCUCCAACUCGUCUUAGAGAUACCUAUGUCGUUUCGUCAACGCCUAUAAAGUCUUUAAGGAGUGGAAGCAACUCUAGCGAUUACAGUGAAACCUACCGUACAACCACCAGAAGUGAUGAUCCUCUGAGACCAAGCGUCACCAACACGACCAAGACCGUCAGUAAGAAAACAGUGCCAUCGAAGGAUGGACGAUCCUUCGAAACCAUAGAGUCUAGUGAAGUGAAGUCCAUCACCAAAAGCAGCUACCGCGGAGAUCCAAAAAUUCAAUAUAGAGACACUGAGAGGAGAUACACGCCAAGUCCUGUUGUUAUUGAAGUUAGAAAUAAUUAUAGGAAAUAAUGAGAUUUCUCUCAUUUGUCGCCUUUAUAAUCACGCUAACCUUGUAUAUAAGCAAAUGAAAGCAGAGUAUUCUACUAAUGAAUCUGUUAGUGCUCAAAUACUUUUGUGACUGUGUCAUAAUAUUCUAAUUUUAUAUUAUCAAUUUGUUUUUAGUACAUGUUUUGCCAUGUAAGCAUGGCUUUCUACAGCAUUAUUUAUGUACAGACUGUAUAUAGUAAACUAAUCUUUUGAAAUGUUCUGAUUUUUAAUAAAGUAUUAAUACUU